AUGGACAAAGAAAUCAAACCUGAGUUCGCCCCAAUCUCUGAGCGCAUUCCAACGGCAACCGAGGAGUGCGAGCUGGAAUCUAUAAGUCGGAUUGCCUCCAGCAGACUCGGCCGAGCACUAUCGGCAUCUGCAAGUCAAAAAGAAACUCAAGAUCCCGCCCUCGAUCCCACCAGCCCACAGUUUGACCAUCAUCGGUGGGCGCAAACGGUACUGGACCAAGUCCAUGAAUCUGGUAUUGACCUUCCCAACCAGGGUGUGGUCUUCUCCAAUCUCUGCGUGAGUGGCUCUGGCUCUGCCCUGCAGUUUCAGGAAAACCUGGUCUCGAGCUUCACGGUCCCCUUUCGCGCUGCCGCAGCAGCUCUUACCGGGCGCCGAACCCCCCAUCGACGGAUCCUUGACAACUUCGAUGGCCUCCUUGAAGGUGGCGAGCUUCUGCUCGUCUUGGGUCGCCCUGGAAGCGGGUGCACCACUUUGCUCAAGACUCUCUGUGGCCACUUGGGCGGCUUGACCCUCGAGUCUGGCAGUACGCUUCACUACGAAGGCGUGGAUCGUGACUACAUGAUUAAACAUCACCGUGGCGAGGUGGCAUACAAUAAGGAGGUCGAUUUGCACUUUCCCCAUCUGACUGUGGGUCAGACACUGUCAUUCGCCGCUCAUGCGCGCGCACCACACAAGCGAAUCAAAGACAUAACGCGAAACGAAUUUGUGGAAACCAUUACCCAAGUUGUCAUGUCAGUGUUUGGUCUCUCUCACACCUACCAUACCAAAGUCGGCAAUGAAUUCAUCCGCGGAGUGAGUGGCGGCGAGCGCAAGCGUGUCAGCAUCGCCGAGAUGUUCCUGUCGCGCUGCCGCAUUGGCGCCUGGGAUAACAGCACGCGUGGGUUGGAUGCAGCAUCGGCCCUCAAGUUUGUCCGGUCGAUGCGUCUCGCCGCCGACAUGGGCCAGUCCUGCCAUGCCAUUGCCGCCUACCAAGCGUCGCAGUCGAUGUUCGACCUCUUCGACAAGGUGGUGCUUCUCUACGACGGCCGCGAAAUCUACUACGGUCCCCGGGACCGUGCUGUGGCCUACUUCCAAGACAUGGGCUGGGAGCGGCCAGAACGUCAAGUCAGUGGUGAUUUCCUUACGGCGAUUACCAACCCCAUUGAGCGCAGGGCUCGUCCUGGCAUGGAAGACAAAGUGCCACGCACUUCGGUUGACUUUGCUCAGUACUGGAAGCGAAGCCCCGAAUACCAGAACCUGCGCAACCAGAUUACUACAUACGAACGAAAACAUCCUCCGAACGGCGACGACGCGAAAAGACUACAGCUCAGUCAUGAACAACAACAAGCGCGUCACACGCGAUCCCGCAGCCCGUACCUUCUCUCCGUGCCGAUGCAGAUCCGACUCUGUAUACAGCGAGCCUACCAGCGAAUGCUCAACGACCUGCCGACGGCCAUGUCCCCCGUGGUCGUCCAGAUCAUUUUGUCGUUGAUUAUUGGCUCUAUCUUUUACAACAAUCCAGACAACUCGGACUACUUUUUCCAAAAAGGCGCGGUCAUGUACUUCGCCGUACUCAUGAACGCCCUUCUCACUAUCAACGAAAUCAUGCAGCUCUAUAACCAGCGGCCAAUCGUCGAGAAACAGAAUGGCUAUGCAUUCGUUCAUCCGUUCACCGAAGCCCUGGCCAGUCUGGUAGUUGAUCUUCCGAUCAAACUCUUGCGUGUCACUAUAUUCUCCGUUGUGCUCUAUUUCAUGACAAACCUGCGUCGAGAACCCGGCCCGUUCUUCAUCUUUUACCUAUUCCUGACUACGGCUGUCCUGGCUAUGUCGGGUCUCUUCCGGAGCUUAGGUGCGCUGACCAAGACUGUCGGACAGGCCAUGGCCAUGGCCGGUGUUCUGGUGCUUUGCAUUGUUGUUUAUACAGGAUUCACCCUCCCACAGCCAUAUAUGCAUCCAUGGCUCUCGUGGAUCCGGUGGCUCAACCCAAUCUACUACACCUUCGAGGCACUGAUUGCCAACGAAUUCCAUGGGCGCAACUUCGACUGUCCCUCAAUUAUCCCGAGCUAUGGAGUCGGUACUUCUUUUAUCUGCUCCGCCGUUGGUGCAAUGGCUGGUCAGCGCACUGUUUGGGGCGAUGCCUUCAUUGAGCAGAACUACCAAUACUCGCACUCCCACCUUUGGCGAAACUACGGCAUCCUCAUUGCGUUCGUCAUCUUUCUCAACGGCCUUUACCUGACUGCCACGGAAUUCAUCUCCAGUGACAAAUCCAAGGCAGAGGCCUUGGUAUUCCGCCCAGGCCACGCACCGAAAUACCUCCAUCCCGGCGAGGAUACUGAGGGCGGCCAGACCGAGCUCACCAAACUCGAAGUGGAACAAACCAAUGAAACAAUCCGUCUCCCGGAGCAGACCGACAUCCUUUCGUGGAAGUCCCUGAAUUAUGACAUUCCCGUCCAAGAGGGCACUCGACAAUUGCUGAACGAUGUAAACGGCUGGGUCAAACCGGGCAGCUUGACCGCAUUGAUGGGUGUUUCUGGUGCUGGAAAAACAACUCUGCUGGAUGUUCUCGCUCAGCGGGUUUCUAUUGGUGUUGUCUCUGGCGACAUUCUGGUUAACGGCAAUCCCCUUGCGGCAAACUUCCCUCGUCGAACAGGAUAUGUGCAACAGCAGGAUCUGCACCUCCAGACCACCACUGUGCGAGAGGCCCUGCGCUUUAGCGCCGUGCUUCGCCAACCCCGUGCCGUCACCAAUCAAGAAAAGUACGAGUACGUUGAGCAGGUCAUUAAGGUCCUCGGUAUGGAUGACUUCGCCGAAGCCGUGGUAGGCUCUCUCGGGGAGGGCCUGAACGUGGAACAGAGAAAGCUGCUCAGUAUUGGGGUUGAACUUGCUGCCAAACCUACGCUGCUGAUCUUCCUCGAUGAGCCAACUAGUGGUCUGGAUUCUCAGAGCUCGUGGACAAUCGUCCAGUUCCUUCGAAGGCUCGCAGAUCAUGGACAGGCUGUCCUCGCAACCAUCCACCAGCCCAGUGCACAGCUCUUCCAAACGUUCGAUCGCUUACUCUUCCUGACCAAGGGAGGAAAGACAGUCUACUUUGGAGACAUUGGUGACCAAUCCUCGACACUCCUUGAAUUCUUCGAACACAAUGGCGCCCGGCCGUGCCAGGAAAUGGAGAACCCAGCCGAGUAUAUCCUUGAAAUGGUUGCUGGAGACGCCUGUCCCGGUGUCGACUGGGCCCAAGUCUGGAAGAAGAGCCCAGAGUAUCAGCAAGUUGUUGCGGAAGUUGACCGCCUUCAUUCCCCCGAGAAUCGCACCGACCACGAAUCGCCUCUGGGUGAUGACGAUGCCGAAUUUGCCAUGCCGCUGUACAGCCAACUCUUCUACGUUCUCACCCGUGUCUUCCAACAAUAUUUCCGACAACCGGAGUAUGUCUUCGCCAAGUUCCUUCUGGGUAUUACCUCGGGUCUCUUCAUUGGUUUUUCGUUCUGGAAAUCCGAUAAUACCCAGCAAGGCUUCCAGGAUGUACUGUUCAGUAUCUUCCUGUUGUGCACCAUCUUCAACACGCUUGUCAACCAGAUUAUGCCGAAGUUCGUAACGCAGCGUUCCCUGUACGAGGUCCGCGAACGCCCAUCGCGCAUCUACUCAUGGAAGGUGUUUAUCCUUUCCCAAGUGCUAGUUGAAAUCCCCUUUCAGAUCUGUCUUGGAGUCUGCGCCUGGGCAUCUUUCUACUGGUCUGUGAUCGGCAGCGAGCAGGACCCCGAGCGACGCGCGCUGGUGAUGUUGUUUAUCGUGCAGUUCUACAUCUACGCGGCGAGCAUGGCCCAGCUGGUUGUGUGCGCUAUCCCGGAACCCGCCAUGGCCGCCAUGCUGGCGACGCUGAUGUUCGGUCUGUCGUUCAUCUUCAACGGCGUGAUGCAGCCCCCAGACGACCUACCCGGUUUCUGGAUCUUCAUGUACCGCGUCUCGCCCUUUACAUACUAUGUCAGCGGCAUCAGCAGCACGGCGCUGCAUGGCCGCAAGGUGGAAUGCAAUGACUUGGAAAUGAAGGUCUUCGACCCGCCGUCCGGCCAGACCUGUGGUGAAUAUCUCAAGAAGUACUUGGAUGUUGGCAUUGGUCACCUUUCUAACAAGAAUGCCACCAGCAACUGCCAGUACUGCGCCAUGCAGUAUGCAGAUGACUACCUGGCAGCCCGGAAGAUCUUCUGGGAGGACCGCUGGAGGAACUAUGGGAUAUUUUGGUGCUACUUUAUUUUCAAUAUCUGUGGGGCUAUUGCGCUGUAUUACCUGUUCCGGGUCCGGAGCUGGAAGGCUAAGACGAAGACUGCCUAA